GCGCUGCUGGUGAGGUUGCAGAGUACAGAUUCAGUGUGAGAGCGCUCCGAACCGCAGACACACACACACACACACACACACACACACACAUACACACGCACAGACAGAGACGGACACUGGACACUGCUCACGGCUGCUGGACCUCACUGCCUGCUUCGUUUCAGUAUUGUUUCUGACCGUAACAACAAGAAGAUGCCACUGGGUGACGAUUGCCAUGCCUGGAAAAAGAAGACCACAGAUGUGAAGGAGAAGUAUGACUUCAAAGACAUCUUGGGAACGGGAGCGUUCUCCGAGGUGGUCCUGGCUGAGGAGAAGAGGACCCAGAAGUUGGUGGCUAUCAAGUGUAUCCCCAAAAAGGCAUUAGAGGGCAAAGAAAACAGCAUUGAGAAUGAGAUAGCAGUCCUGCACAAGAUUAAACACGCCAACAUUGUAUCUCUGGAAGAGAUAUUUGAGAGUAAAUCACACCUCUACCUUGUCAUGCAACUGGUGUCUGGCGGGGAACUCUUCGAUCGCAUCAUAGAGAAGGGCUUCUACACAGAGAAAGACGCCAGUAAGCUCAUUCAGCAGAUUCUGGAUGCUGUCAAAUACCUCCACGACAUGGGCAUCGUGCACCGUGACCUCAAGCCAGAGAAUCUGCUGUACUACAGCAUGGACGAAGACUCCAAAAUCAUGAUCAGUGACUUUGGUCUGUCUAAGAUCGAGGGCUCUGGCAGUGUGAUGUCGACGGCCUGUGGAACACCUGGAUAUGUUGCCCCUGAAGUCUUGGCUCAGAAACCCUACAGUAAAGCAGUGGACUGCUGGUCUAUUGGUGUCAUAGCCUACAUUCUGUUGUGUGGUUACCCUCCCUUCUAUGAUGAGAAUGAUGCCAAACUGUUUGAACAAAUCCUGAAGGCAGAAUACGAGUUUGAUUCUCCGUACUGGGACGAUAUCUCUGAUUCAGCUAAAGACUUUAUAGUCCACCUGAUGGAGAAAGACCCCAACAUACGUUACACCUGCGAGCAGGCCCUGCAGCACCCCUGGAUUGCUGGGGACACUGCCCUGGACAAGAACAUCCACGAGUCUGUCAGUGCUCAGAUCAAAAAGAAUUUUGCUAAAAGCAAGUGGAAGCAAGCCUUCAACGCCACAGCGGUGGUUCGUCACAUGAGGCGUCUCCAGCUGGGAUCCAGUAGUGAAGGACCCAACCCCACCCUGCCCAGCCCGUGCCGAAGUCAUCUGCUGAUGCCAGAGGAAGAUGCAGAGGCGUGUUCGGAGGGAGGAUGCUCCCAGAAUGUCGACGGCGGGGCGGAUCCCCUGUCCAACUGCACCUACCGCUGCCACCCGACCAGCAGGGUGUGAUGCCUGCACCUGCUCCUAUUACCUGUCUAAUCAAUCCCAGUGACUUUCCAAUUUUAACCCCCCCCACCCCCUCGGUGAAACCAGAGGCACCAUAUCCCCCAUUAUCUGGUUAGGAAUACAGCGUCAUUCCAACCUCUCACCUGCAGGGGGAGCAAGUCUGUCCAGCCUGAGAAGGAAGACAUAAAAUGGGAUGAAAAGGAGGAGGGAGACUUGAUGAAGCAGCGGAGUGGAUAAUUUUUACAGACUGGGCUGGUAGUUUGGGUUGAGUUGAAAGGGGGGAGACGAUACAAAGGAGGGGAAGACAACCUCCUCCACCAGCUUGUCAGGUGGAUUGUUUUUGCCGCAGCAGGACAGAGCUUGUUGGACACUCUUUUUAUUCUUGAUUUUUGAUUCAAACUGUCUCUUUGUUUGUUUUAUUGUUUACUGUUUUAUAUAUUUUUGUGUUGUCUUUUUAACCUCCUGCUGUUAAACUUUGGAGUGUAAAUCCAGAAACAAAUAUCCGCAUGAUCAGGAGAGAAUUUUCCCCAUGCAUGUUUUGUUAUCUUUAAAAUAUACCUUGUUGCAGAAAUGCAGCAUCGCAGCACCAUGCAAAUGACGGAGUGUUGUGUGCAAAGUUUGUCAAGGCCGAAAGGCGUAGAGCAUUUUCAUAUGUUGCAGUAUUUGGAAUGAAACUGAGUUAAAUCUCGUAAUUUUACAGAUAUGGAUUCUAUGUCUUUAAGUCGUGCUUAUAGACAAUCAGUGACACAAUAGUUUAUGCAAUGAAAACUCCACCUAUUUACUAUGUAGCCUUUUCUGUGGCGAUCUAGUGUUUCAAUGCAGUGGUUAGGCUUUUUGAAAGUAAAAGGCUUCCCCUUUUUUCUACCCCAAACCUCCCCAGCCACUUGAGCACAGGGAUAUAUCUUUGUCUAAGGUGCCUUUAGGAUAUAUAGUGUGGUGGGUUUAUUUUCGGGGUAGCUUCUGAAAUGUUUUGUCUUUUUCUGCAGAGUUGUUGCAGCACAGACUCUUUCUGUAACUUCAUAUUUUGUAUGUAUUACAUUUUCAGCUUUAAAAUGAAGUUUUAUGCGUUUUGUCUCAAAAUGAAGUACUGUAAUCUCUGAAGGGAGACCUGCGCACAUACAGUACCACAUACAACUACUUAGAAACAGUUACGUUAUGAAAUGGGUAAAGCAACAACAAUAUUUUGAAAACUGUUCUGGGGAGCUUCACCAGGGGCAUCAUUUAUUUAAAGAAAAUGCAUCAAUACAUUUUUUUUUUUCCAGAAAUAUUUUCUAGGAUUUUGCCUUCUCCCUCAAUAAAAGAACUGUUUUAUGUAUCUAAAUACAUUUUGUGCAAAAAAGCAAACAAACUUGCAAACCUGAAAAAGCAUCAAUCAGUGUGCUUAGCUCAAGACUAGGCUGAUUUAGCAGGAUUAGGUAGGCUGUGUGAAUGCAAAAAAAAAAAAAAAAAAGUCGACCAGAAUUUGAUACGCAUCCGUCACCAUGUUCUGUACUUGUACCACCAUUACAGUCCUUUUCUUUUUCCAUUCUUUUACAGGCCUAUUUCCUCCACAUGCAGCCUGUUUACAAAGAACCUGGAUUAAAGCAUGUGAAUAUGCAUCAGAUUGACUCACUUCAUCUUUACUUUCUACACAGAUGAAUACAGAUAGUGCACUCUAUUAUUAUUUCAUUCAUCCUACUUAAAGGUGUGCGUUGACAAACACGCACACAGCAGAGCUGGUUCUUUCAUUCGCUUUUAUAAAGAAUCCUAUGCUGUAAGUUUUUAGUGGAUCGAGUAACAGAUGUAGAGGAGCUUUAAGUGCAGUUGUCUGAGUCCUCUGUACUUUAUUCUGGGGCCUGUUAGAGGGACUGUCCUGGGUGGGUCACAGAACCACAGAGGCUUGACUCUUCCAUUAUCUUCAUCCACCCUCCAAUCACUCCAUCCUAACCUUGGAAGGAUCACCAUUUUCUUUCUCUGUGAUACAACAGUAUAAACAUAUGGUACUGAUGUGAUUUGGUACUGAUUACGUAUGUUUGCAUGAUGUGGCUUGACAUUUGUGAAUCCCAUAAUUAACAAUGAAUAGUGUGUACACUACUUGUGAUAAUGUUACAGUUGCCAUGAGAUGAGUGCUGGUGAAAGGAGAAUUUUUUUGUCACUUUUACUCUUAAACAAGUUCAAAAUUCUCUUAAAAACAUCAUGCGGAUGAGCAAAGAGCAACAAAAGCUGUAAUAACGUUUCAACAUGUUAAAGCAAGUUCAAUGUGCUGCUUCAAAAAGUAAUUUUGAGCUUUAUUCUGCAUCUCUAUUGGGUAGGCUUUGUAGUAUAUUUGAACAGUAAUGUAACUGGUGACUCCAAACUGUAAAGUGUAGUUAAAAGAAUGAUUAUUUUUUUCAGGAAUCUUGCAGUGCGAAUUGUUUGUACAUCAUGAUUUACUGUGACAAUGAGGCAGCCAGACAAGCACAGGAAAGCUGAAGCAUGGAGGCAGUCGUCGUCCACAGUCUUAUUAUUGUUGGCAGGCUGAUAAUGUCAUAAUUAAUAUCCUGAUAAUACAAAACAACUCAGAUUCUCCAGUAGGUUCAAUGCACCCUAUCCCCAAAGUACUCAAAAAUGUUUUCCACAAACCCUAAGAGAAAAAUGUAUUUCGAGGCAAAAGGUAGUGGAAUAUGGAAAGAGAACAGUUUGUUAUAAUGAACAAACAAAAUAAAAGAAAUUGUCUGAAUGUUUUUCGGUGCUUUGUUCUUUGCUAAGGCAAAGGACCUGGAAAUGGAAAACUAAAGAUUUUUACAUUCCAGUGCAAUGAAACAAGUGAUUAUGAAAUACAUAACCAUAUCCCAUUACCUCACCACUCAACCACCUUGGUAGGAAAAUAUGCAAGGGUGACAUUAGAAUUACAGUUGAGAUGAAGAAGUCAUACUGACCUUGCCCUCAAAGGUGCUUAACUACAGGGUGUUUUCGUAAAUUGCUACAGCUUUUGCAUUAAGUGAUCAUUUCUACAGCACGUACAUGUCAUGCAUCAGCCUAAAAGAAAGAGAUGAUUUGUGUGAAGGCUUCUCCUUUGAUUGCUCAGUAACCACUUGUAGAGAAUGACCAAUGUCUGGUAAGAUUUGUUGUACAAAUGAGUAUUUGUACCAUAAAUAUGUUGCCUUUCAGUAAAUGCUGUACUACAGUACCUACUGUAUACACAGAUGCAAUGCAUCAUGGGUUGUCGAAAAGUGACUUCUGCUCAGUGUGAAAGCCAGUGACUUGUGCUUGGAACAGAUUUGUAAGUGAAACAUACAUUAAAAUCCUUGUCUAUGCAUUAUAGAA